UGAAGAAUUCUGGUUCCUCUACUGCUCUAAGAAACGCGGAGAUGACGUCCAAAUGAACGUUUCUCAUCAGGAAUUAUCGUCUGUUCUACACUUGAAUUCGAACUCGAAAUGGAUGUCGUUCAGCGCGUUAUAGUAAUCAUUGCAGCUUUGACGUUUCCUAGUGUCACGCCGUAUCUUUUGGAUCCACAGAUGCUCGAUUAUAUAAAGGAUUUCCCCAAUAGGUUCACAUUCAAAGAUGGCGACCUUCUUAUUGCUGGAUUGUUUUCCGUUCAUACAUACAGCGGAACGGAAAUGUGUGGGGCAGAUGUGUUCGAACCUGCGGUCUACCAUGCUGCGAGCAUGAUGUACGCCAUCGACGCUAUAAACACUGAUCCAACAAUAUUACCCAAUAUUACACUCGGGUAUGUUAUCUUUGACGAAUGCAGACAAGACACCAACGCCAUGCUACGCAUGCUCCAUAUAUUCCCGGACAAACCACCCUCAUACCAAUACACGGGCGUAGCAGCAAAUGUCUCCUUUCCAACCUUUGAUGUUGUUGGUGUCGUCGGUCCGGCGACCAGCUCUUCCGCUUAUCUCGUGAACCGUUUGUUGGGAGCCAUUCGGAUGCCCGUCAUCAGCUACUACGCGACCGCAGACAGCCUGAGCGACAAGUCCGUCUACCCGUAUUUCUUGCGGACCAUUCCGCCCGAUGUCCAGCAGGUCCAAACAAUGGUGGAGCUACUUAGAUACUUUAGCUGGACGUACGUCUCCGCCAUCUACCAAGGAACAUUCGGGAAAGAAACGGUCCAGCAUGUUGAAACUCGUGCCAGUAUGUUUGGCAUUUGUCUUGCUAUUAAGGAAGAAAUUUCGAAGACAACGACAUCCUCAGAAUAUGACGCAUUAAUCACAAAAUUACGCCAAAGUCGUGCGCGUGUUGUUUUAAUGUACGCCAGUGUUGUUGAGAGCAGGAAAUUCCUUCAUUCGUUCAUGCGUUUGAAGGCGUAUAAGGACCUGAUAGUGAUUGCUUCCGAUGGUAUGGGAGGCCCAACUAUCAGGACUCGGGAGGUUGUGGACGACCUACCCGUGGGGCUGAUGGUGACAGACCCGUUCAUGCAUGGCAUCGAAGACUUUGACAACUAUUUUAGUAAUAUAACGAUGACUGAAGCAGAAGACAAUGUCAUAUUUCGCGACUUCUGGGAGUUGAAAUUUGGGUGUUCGUUUGCCAACGGCACGUGUUCGUCCAAGUACCCGAGUAGUCAGACUUUCACGCCAGCGUAUGGCUUCCGCUCUGAUGUGUCUGUUUCUUUGGUAACGGACGCCGUUUAUGCUUAUGCGCAUGCAAUAGCAAACGUGACUUCAACGAAAUGCCCUGCUACAACAGGGAAGGCUCUUCGAACGUGCUUCUUUGGUAGCGACCUGUUAGAGCACUUGAAAAACUUGCGUUUUGUUACUGCGAACCACACAGUAGGUUUUGAUGAAAACGGCGACAUAAUGGGGAAAUACCAAGUUAUGGUUUUGAGGAACGAUUCUGGAAUAAACAUGGCGGUACCAAUGGCAAUGUUGAAUAUAUCAAAUGAAACUUUCGAAGUGAUCACUAAAUUCAUCCAGUGGCACCCGGAAUUUAGUCACUUCGACAACGAAACCGGCGUUCCUAAGUCGGUUUGCUCUGAUCCAUGCGAUCCGGGACAUUACCGCUACUUCACUGAUGACGCAUGUUGUUGGGAGUGUCACAGGUGCCGCACCAAUGAGAUAACCGCACCAGACUUAUCCCGUUGUGUUGAGUGCCCAGACCAACAGUGGCCAAACGAUACGUUUUCUAACUGUCGCCCCAUCCCCCAUACGUUCGUUGAAUGGCAGAGUGCAUCCAGCAUAGCAUUCGCCAUCCUUGCCGGCAUAGGUUUUCUCCUAUGCAUUUUCUCAACUGUAGUCUUUGUCAAAUGUAGUGACAACAGACUUAUCAAAGCGUCAAGCGUGGAGCUCAUGUAUGUGAUUAUCUCCGGAAUGUGUCUGAGCCUUGUGACGGUCUUUUUCUGCCUUGCCAUUCCAACAUACGAAACGUGUUUGAUAAGUUACUUCGGGUUCAUUCACUCAUUCACAUUAACAUUUGCGCCAUUGCUGACGAAAACGAGGCGGAUCUACGUCAUCUUUGAUGCGGGAACCAAGACAACCAAAGAACCUCCUUUCAUUAGUAAGAUCUCUCAACUUGUGAUCAGCUUUUGUAUAGUGUUUGUUCAGGUGGUCAUUGGUGUCGUGACGUCAUUCGUCUUUCCCAUCGGCCCUGUAUCCGAGAUGCCUGACAAAAUGGAGAUGUACGUAGAACUAGGUUGCCAGCUUCCAACCACAGGACUUCUGAUUGCGCUUGCCUACAACGUCCUACUGGUACUGGUGUGUACAUACUUUGCCUUCAAAGUGAGGAAGGUCCCGGACAAUUUCAAUGAAAGCAAAUUCAUCGGUUUCAAUGUUUACACAACUCUCAUACUCUUCAUGGCAUUUAUCCCAACCUAUUUGACCUCAGCGAGUUUGAUUCAGAAAUCACUUUUUCUCAUCUUGUGCCUCUUGGUGAAUACUUAUGUCAUGUUAACGUGUUUGUUUUUGCCGAAAUUGUAUGCAGUCGGAUUCAUUGAUGUCAAGAAUUUGAAACUCUCCAAUCAGAUCAAAGAUACUUUGGACCGUAAGAAGAAGGUAGACAUCAGCGGAUUGGCUGGCGUCAGUGGGACCAAAGCUUGACAUGGCGAGAGAAAAAAGACCUGCCCAACAAAACAUCAUAGCUGACAUGACGACUCAGUCAAUUUGAAUAAAGUGAAUG